UAACUAAGCAUAUCCGUACGGUGGACUAUGGAUCACUUCAUAAGGACCUCGUUGCUCGUUUUGCUCGCAUACUCACAACUCCACCCGUGGACUGGCGCGAGUAAUCCCAAAAAACCUGCCGUUGAAACUCAACCAGAGUACAUCUGUGAUAGGAACUUUACCGAAGUGCAGGGCUACAUCAAUGAGUGGAUCGCGACCGGCAAUAAGUGCCAAGUGGGCAAACAUUGUCACACGGACAAGCAAGAAUCAGCGUUCAAAUUGAUGCGCGUCAUGUGCUCGAGAAUGAAACCUAUCGAUGCUGCGCUUCGAGAGGGAGAAUCGCAGAAAAAUCUCGCAGAACUAAACAAAGCUCUGGAGGCUGUUAGCAACACGUUCCCUGUGUGUAAGCAGGCAGUUGCAAAGCUCGACGAAGAGUUCGAUCUGCAGCUGCGUGAGGUGUGGCAAGAGCUGGAAGAAAUACAAACGAAGGUCUUCUACAGCACUAUGAGCUCGGGUCGAACCGAACGAGCCCUUUACUACAAAAUCCUUGAGGGCAGGAACAACCCGCAGCUAGCGGAUCAGUUCCAACCGAACCACGUCGAGGAGUUGCUGGAUUUCCUUUGGACGAUUCCGCUAAUUUAUUAUCAACGCGACGCGUACAACGAGGUAGCGAAAAUUGUAGACUCCUCCAAGGAUCCGGUCCUCGAGACGGUCUACGCCAUCGACGUGGCUAGUGUGGAGAAUCCCAACGUUAGGGAGCAACAGCAAUCUUUCGUAGAUGCGCGACUUGAGCGAUUACGUGGCGAACUGACUUCCAAGUCCUUCGAUACACUCGUCACCAUCGCACGUCGAUUCCCGGAGCGUUAUGCUCGUCUGAGUCAACUGCUCUUCCAGCUACCGGAGAGUGUUAAACCCAGUCCAGAUGUCCUCCGAAGCGUUUCUCACUUACUCGAGCGGCUGCCUUCGGACGAGCAAAGUCUGCAAACCCUCGAAGGUUUGGUACAAUCUCUGCUAGCUGACAAUGGCACGGUAACCACGGAUGCCGAGUACGUGUUGCCAUUAUCCCAGCUAGCUCACGACAUGACCAAACUGGGAGGCAAUCUAACCCAACUCACGGACAAGUUUAGUACGCACGUCAGUGAAAAGUCGAUGCCUUACUUCUUGCGUAUGCUAUCGAGUCCAACUACGUCUACAGACCGCUCUUAGACACACUUUGGGUUAACUCAAUAAAGCUAUUCCUUCAACUACGGGAUCGCUUGUUCUGUUGCACUCACCAUACCGCUCUAAUAUCGGCAAUCAUCCCAUCACGUGCGUCGUUUUCCGUUGGCAUUCUACGACAUCUGGUCCGAUGGCUUUCGGUCAGAUCCAUGGACAUGUCGCUGCACACACAAACACACCCCGU